AUGGGCUUCUUUGGCAAGAGUGAGCCGUCUGACGACGAGAUCUCACGGGCACCCCCUAGUCCAGAUGUCGAGAAAAAGAUUCCCUCCCACCAAGAGGGCCCUAGCCAACCCUCGAUCCUCACAGCAGCCGCAAUCGACCCGGAGUUGGAGCGCCGCGUUCUCAAAAAGCUCGAUCUACGACUCCCGACCCUGAUGGGAUUUUUCUAUUUACUUGCCUUUCUCGAUCGAAGUAACAUCGGCAAUGCCAAAAUUGCCGGCAUGGAAGAAGACCUCUCUCUCGACGACAAUAGCUACUCGUGGCUUCUAACGAUCUUCUACAUCUCAUACACGGUCUUUGAGUUCCAGGCUCUCAUGUGGAAGAUUGUCAAACCGCACCAAUGGGCUGCUUUUGUCGUAUUCUCCUGGGGUUUGGUAUCGACCUGCCAAGCAGCCACUAAGAAUUGGCAGGGUAUGAUGGCUCUUCGCUUUUUGAUGGGUGCUUUCGAGGCUGGCUUUGGUCCCGGUGUACCCUAUUUGCUGUCAUUUUUCUAUCGUCGUCACGAGCUCGGUCUCCGAUGCGGUCUUUUCUUGUCGGCAGCCCCGCUGGCGAAUACCUUUGCUGGUGCGCUGGCUUAUGGUAUUACUUCGGGGCAUGCGUCCAUUGCCAAUUGGCGGCUUUUGUUCCUUGUUGAGGGGUUGCCGGUCAUCGUGGCUUCGGUUUUGGCUUGGUUCUUCGUGCCGGAUUCACCGACGACGGCUAAAUUUCUCACUGAGGAGGAGAAGGAAGUUGCUCGUGCCCGUGGACUUCAGCAGGCUGGAGAUGCUGAGCGCGAGAAUAAAAUCCAGUGGAAAGAGUUGGCAGCGACGUUGCUGGAUGUCAAAGCAUGGUUCACAGCUUUGAUGUACUUUAGCUGCAAUGUCAGCUUCUCCUCAUUGCCUGUCUUUCUGCCCACCAUCCUCAAAGAGAUGGGCUUCACGGCCAUCAAUGCCCAGGGCCUCACCGCGCCUCCCUUCUUCGCCUCAUUCCUGGCGACGAUCGCGACAACCUGGGUGGCGGAUCGAAUUCAGCAACGCGGGCUGAUGAUUGCUGGAUUAUCAGCGAUCGGCGGUGUGGGUUAUAUUCUGUGUGCGACCUGCACUGCAGUUGGCCCUCGUUAUUUCGGAGUAUUCCUCGCCGCCUGUGGAGUCUUCCCAUCGAUCGCCAAUAUCCUCCCAUGGGUUCUGAACAACCAGGGCUCCGAUACCCGUCGUGGUGGGGGCAUCAUUCUACUCAAUAUCAUUGGCCAGUGCGGUCCUUUCCUGGGCACGAAUGUGUUCCCUGACAAAGAAGCCCCGCGUUUCAUUAAGGGCAUGUCGAUCUGUGCGGCAUUCAUGUUCUUCACGACGAUACUUGCUUUGUGUUUGCGCUUCUUGUUGGUGUGGGAGAAUCGCAAUCUCGACAAGAAGUAUGGACCGAAGAUUGAGACGGAGACGGUCAAGGGUGAUACCCCGGUAGCGGAGGACAAUUACGGUGCCAGUUUCCGAUAUGUGCUGUGA